AGGUGAAAAAUGGCGGUGACCAAUCAGAAUUGUGAAACGUUAUUUCGUGAUUCUGAUUAGAGGGUCUGUAAUCGUAUCCCUUUGUUAUCACAAACCGUGGUGGCAUACAGCUGUAAUUCACAACAAUGGUGGUGCCGGUUGUGUUUUAGGUUAAAGUUGCGUGGCUUCGAGUAACAUUAGUCCAAUUAGCGUUGUGAAAAAUGGACAAUAGGAUCACAAUAUGUGACCCGGACGAAGAAGAUAUCGACAAUGAAAUAUUCCAGGAUAUCGAGCCAGUCACGUGGAUCAACGAUGAUCCGAACUAUGAUUUGGAUGAGAUCAACAUGUUCUUCCAUAGGGUGGAUUCUGAUCAGAUUAUAUACGAGGAAAAAAAGAAAAAAUGUAAAUUUAUCGGUAAAUAUGUUAUGGGUGAUGUUCUUGGUGAAGGUAGUUACGGAAAGGUGAAAGAAGUGAUGGACUCAGAGACACUUUGUCGUAGAGCCGUGAAAAUUUUAAAAAAGAAGAAACUUCGUAGAAUCCCGAACGGAGAACUUAACGUUCAACGGGAGAUAAAACUAUUAAGGAUAUUAAAACAUAAGAAUGUAAUUAACCUUGUAGAUGUUUUGUAUAAUGAUGAAAAGGAGAAAAUGUACCUAGUUAUGGAAUUUUGUGUAUGUGGAUUACAGGAUAUGUUGGGAAGCGCACCAUUUAAAAAACUCCCAAUUUGGCAAGCUCAUGACUAUUUCCGUCAGUUACUGGAUGGUCUAGAAUAUCUCUACAGCAAAGGAAUAGUACACAAAGAUAUAAAACCAGGAAAUUUAUUGCUAGCUUUGGAUGGUACCUUAAAGAUCAGCGAUUUCGGAGUUGCAGAGGCAUUGGAUAUGUUUUCUGAAGAUGACACGUGUAAGAUGGGGCAAGGUUCACCAGCAUUUCAACCUCCUGAAAUUGCAAAUGGCUGUGAAAUGUUUUCUGGUUUUAAGGUAGACAUAUGGAGCAGUGGAGUGACCCUGUACAAUAUAACAACAGGUCAAUAUCCUUUUCAAGGUGACAAUAUUUAUAAAUUAUAUGAAAAUAUAGGAAAAGGUGAAUACACAAUACCUGAAGAAGUAGAAGAGACAUUGAAGUCCCUUAUACAUGGAAUGUUACAAAAAGAUGCAGAUAAAAGAUUUACUUUACAAGAAGUUAGAAAACAUCCAUGGACUAUAUGCAGGCAUCCUAGAACUCAAGAAGAAGUGCCUAUACCUCCUCUUAAAGGACACAAAUGGCACAGUAUGACUGUACUACCGUACCUGAUGGAAUAUCAUUAUGGAGGUGAUGACAAUCCUACAUAUUACACUGAACAUCAGUUAAAUGAAGAGAAAAGGCUUCAAGAAAUGGACAGAACCAGUGAAGACCAAAAAACUACGUGGAAUAGUCACAACAGUAAACCGAAUUCACAUCAAAGUAAACGAAGAUGGCGCAAACCAAUUUCAUGCAUUAAUGUUAAGAAAUUUCCGUCUUGCAAGCCUUCGUGAUUUGUCUUAUUGUUAUGCUUAUUUUUUAUUAUAUAUUUUCCUGACAAUGUCAGGUACAGAGUUUCUCUGCAGUGGAGAUGACUGAGAGUAUAGUAAAUGCUGAAACGCUAGGACGGUUAUCUAGCUACAGCUCAAAUUGAAUAUAAAAUUUGAACUAAUUCAAAAGCAUUAAAUGUAAACAUUUGUGAUAUUAAUAUUAAAUAGUCAUAGUAGAUAAUUCUUCAUGCUCUAUUAAUGAGGUUAACGACACGACGCCCAAAUAAAGUGAUUUUCUUUCGUGUGCCAUAAUGAAAUUACAAUGAUUAAUAGCAUCUGUUGUUAAAAAAUCGUUUGCGCAACUUUUCCCUCUUUCAUUUUUUCAUGUUGUUGUUAAUUUAAACGGUAACAAGACAUCGAUUAAAAAAAAGCAGCAUACAUAUAUAUAUAUUGUCUUAAUGCUAAUUCUUAUUAUUAUCUUCAUUUAUAGUAUACAUCGAACUCGUAUUAUUGGCAAAUUGAAGAUACAUCACUGUGAAACAAACUUGUAUAGUAUUUUUAUUCAUUUCGAUGGUGCAAAACAUAAAUGUUCUUUUUAAUCUUAAAACAAAAGCAAACUAUUUCGUUCCUCGGAGAAAAAUUUUUACAUUUCUCAAUGCUUUUAUUUCAGGCUCCUUUAUAUACUAUAUUAACAAAGUAUUUGUAACAUAAGAUCUCUGUAGUCUAUAUUGUCGAGGAGGGCAAGACACAGAUUUUUCGAGCAUAUAAGUUGCUUGGUGCUGGUUGAUGCAAACGCAUGUCACAAACAUCGUUUCUAAUCGAUAUUGAGAACUUUUCUCCAAUGUAUGUACAUGUUAAGAAUAUUUUAUAUAUAAUUGUUAUUUAGAAAACAUGAUCUGUGUUUUUAGACUCUGCAUAUAUUAUAGUAUUACCAUUGUGAGAUAACUUGCAGACACUUAACGCAAUGCUUGUAACAUGACUUAACACAUAACGGAUAUCGAUUUACCUACGAUACAAGAAUGUAAAGAUUGUUUCACAUAUAUACUUACAAUAGAUAUUAAUGAGGCGUACUUGAGUAUUAUUAAGGAUAAAUAUGAUAUUGUUGAUUCAUAUAACUACGUUUGAACUUCGUACUAAGUGUUCCAAAUUCGUGCUUUAAAAUUAUAUAAAAUAUUGUCAAUGUGGUGUGAUAAACUUGACGUACGUUAUCUUUCUAUGCAGAACGCAUUACACAUAUGUAUUUCAAGUACGAAUCAUAAAUUUAAGAUUUUUUAAUAUGCGUUUGACCAAUAUGUUUGGGACAAAGAUAUAUUACAUACCUGACACGCAUCUACGGCAGAAUUAUUUAUUUCGUAAAGAAAAUAUUAUCGACGAUUAAAGAAUUAUAGAAGUUCUACUAUGGCAAGAAUAAGUAAUAUACUUUGUACAAUAAGUAAAUAUCAAAUGAUAUCGAUACCGAUAUUAUUUUAAAUAUCCUCGUUUCAUCUACAUAAUUUAUAUAGAAAUAAAAAUCAUAAUGAAAUGUUACAAAAUAACGUAUCACAGGAAAUUUAAAGUAUAACGAGUAUGAAGUAUAAAUUGUUCUUUCCUCGGAGGAAUUGAGGUGCCUAAAUACUGCCAAGUACUCAAAGCACAUGGAGAAUAGUCACAUUUUCUGAUUGUACAUACUAUAUAUACAAAUAUAUAUUGUUUUUAUCUUUACAUAAAGAACAAGGAAUCGUAGUUACGUUCAGUUACACGAAUAAAGACGAAGAAACCGAUGAUAGAAAAUAUAUGUUUAUAUCAGAUUUAUGUGAUAACCUAAAUCUUAUUUUUCGUUUGUAAAAUCUUUUCGCUGUAAAAUUGAUUUACAUGUGUUACAUUGCAACAAGACAUGGAAUGUUGAAUGAGAGAUGUAUCAUAAUAAUUUGAUGGGAAAGUAAAACGUACAUUGUACAUUAAUGAAACGCGAUAUGGAAAUUUAUUGUAUAUUAAUCUGUUGAUUUUUACUUAUCGUAUUUUUUUCAAUUUAGAAGCCACAAAGUAAAAUUGACAAAAUGAAUAGCAAAUUUAGAAAAAAGAAAGACUUAUACACAGAAAGAACGUGUGCAUUAUUUUUAUAUGUCGAUAAAUUGUGUUCCCCAAUAUUAAUAUCUUUUUCGUUUAUAUACGUGUGCCUAUACGUACAUAUAUAUUGGCACACACAUACGAUUUACAUGUGUAAAUUUAUUUUCAAAAUUGCCUUAUUUACACUCCACAAUAUCUGGAUUCGAUGCUUCUCUUUUUGCUAUUUUAAUUGUCAAUUUAUGUAGACGCCAAGAAGAUAAUUUUUAUUUAAAUCGUAAAAAAAGUAUUAAAGUUAAAAUAUUCAUCUCCCAAGUUUAUUCGAUUGUUGUAUAUUUUCAUCAAUUUGUAUUGUUUCUUUACAUUGUAUUACGAAUUCAUCGAAUUAUAAAGUACGUCACGAGUAAUGUACAAUUUUAUACAUUUCACACUUAGUAUUACAUAAAAAAUGAAUAAUUUGUGUUAACAAAUUCUUUAAUAUCGUCGUAACUUCGAUUAUUUUAAUUAACUUCAGAACAAAGUGUAAACGCACAUAACAAAGGAACAUUGUUUAAAAGAUUGCUAAACUGAAAUAUAUCAUCGCAAGGCACUACAUAUUCGGAAGAUUAAGUGUAUAAAAGUUGUAUAUUAUUGUAUAGAACGAUAAUUAUUAAUGUUUGUAAAAAUGUUUACUAGAGAACAUAUAUUCAUAGAAUUGAGAUCUA